AUGAAAGAGGCCCUGAACUCUUUCCAAGAAUCCUGCUCGGAGUACUGCGCGACCGACUACGAUACCGUUCUUGAGAAAAAGGCACAACUCGUCGAGUUGCUUGAGGACCGCCUCAAUGAUGCCCUCCAUCAGAAUACCCAGGAAUGGAUCAAGACAAAGGGAGAAGAACUUGUCGAAAGGCGCCUCGUGGACUUUGAUGAACUUUUGAAACUGGUGGCGCCACAAAUCCUGACCGAAGAAGAUGCCGAGAGCGCCAUGAAAGAUGCGAAAGAGACCCUGGAGACGACGUGGGAGUUGGCGAAGACCGAACUGCUUGAAGAGCUCGCCAACGAACAGCCUAAUCUGCCGGUGGAGGCGUUUGAGAAGUACCUGGACAGCCUCUACUCCGGGAGCUUGGCCAGAGGAUUGAAGGCCUCCGAGACGCAAUUCUGGCGCACCGUCGACGCCCUGAAGCGCGUCCGCCAAAUGGAAGAAGAAGCAGAACAAAAACGCUUGGAGCACGAGGAAAAUGUGCAGCAACUGACGGAAGAGAUCCAGAAACUCAGCGCCGAUGCGAACGCGCUGAAGUCGAAGGACUCUAAUGAUCGGCUGAAGCUGAAAUUAAUGAAGAUGGAGGCGGAGCAGAAGGAGAAGGAGCUGCAGGAGAACACAACCAGGAAGUGGGGGGAAGGGCAAUUGAGAGCGUUGCGUCGUCAGCAGCAAGAACAGAUGAACGACCAUCAGAGGCAGUGUCAAGAAGAGGCUGAACGGCUUGCCAUUGAGCGGGCCGAAGAGAAGAAGCUGCAGGAGGGGCUCCGUGUUUUCCAGGAGGCCAAGAUGACCCGACUUCAGAAGGAGAAGGACAACGUUCGUUGCCUGCUCUACAAUUCCGAACCCGCGAUUGGAAUUGAUCUCGGCACCACCUAUUCGGCGGUGGCCAUCUGCCUUGCCGAUGAAGUCGUCAUGAUUCCGAACGAAUACGGCAACAAAACCACCCCGUCUCAAGUCGCCUACAUCAACGACAAAAUCCUGGUCGGACAGGCCGCCAAGAAUCAGGCUGCGCGAAAUUCUGGGAAUACGAUCUACGAAGUCAAGCGCUUGAUGGGCAAGACGUUCAAGGACCCGACGGUGCAGGCGAAUAUGACGAUGCGACCUUUCAAGGUCAUCAACGCCUUUGGGGACCCGGUGAUCGAGGUCAAGCAGGGGGACAAGGUCCAUACCGUAACCCCGGUGGAGGUGUCCACGCAGUUGUUGACCAAGUUGAAGGAAAUGGCCGGUGAAUACCUUGGAAAACCCGUGAAAAAGGCGGUCAUUACCGUACCUGCAUACUUCAACGACGCGCAGCGACAAGCAACGAAAGAGGCAGCUGAACAGGCCGGACUCGAGGUGCUACGACUUUUGAAUGAACCGACAGCUGCUGCCAUUGCUUAUGGUGUCGACUAUCACCUCGACGAGGAGCGGAUCGUCUUGGUCUACGACUUUGGAGGUGGCACUCUCGACAUCUCGAUCGUCAGGAUGACCUCCACCAAGUUCGAGAUCAUGGCCACAAGCGGAAACCCAAACCUCGGUGGCGAGGACAUCAACAAUGCCCUCCUCAACUACUGCCUCUCCGACAUGGAGGACAAGGUCAUCAAGGAAGACAGCCGUGCUUGGGCCCGACUGCGCCUCGCGUGUGAAGAAGCUAAAAUCCAGCUUUCGGCCGCUAAAGAGGCUUGGAUUGAGGUCCCGUCGCUUCUACUCGACUUUGACUACAGCAAGAAGAUCACCCGCGAAUUCUACGAAGGCAUCUGCGCGACGCUUUUUGAAGAAUCCCUACUUCCGGUUGAGCACGCGCUCCGGGACGCUAAGCUUCGAUAUGAUGACGUGCAUGAGGUGGUGUUCGUUGGCGGAUCGAGCAACAUCCCGAAGGUGCAAGAGAUGCUGCUCGAGAAGUUCCCCAAGGCUGGCUGCUGGAUGGACAGACCGGAGGAGAUGGUUGUGUGUGGUGCGGCACUUCAGGCUGCCCGCCUUGUCGGCAACUGCAACGAGACGAUCCGUUGCAUCGACCUCAUCGAUGUCAUCCCGUUGACGAUCGGCUCCGGAAUGUGGGGCGGAGAAACCACCGUCCUCUUCAAGCGCAACACCUCGUUCCCCGUCAAAAAGACGCUGCGCGUACACAACGCAUCAGACUACCAGGAACAGGCCUGUAUCACGGUGGUUGAGGGCGAGCGGUUCGACUACGGUUUGAACAACUUGCUCGGCAAGUUCAUGCUGCCAAUCCGGAAGGCCAAGCAGUGCGAGGUGCAAAUCGACGUGACGUACGAGAUCGACCAGAAUGGAAUUCUGACUGUGGAAGCGGAAGAACUUCUCGAAGGGACACACGAAUCCAUCAAGAUCGACCGGGAGAAGCUUGGAAAGAAAUCGGUGUUCAACAUCUCCCACUAUCUGAAGAACUGGAAGCAGUGCGAGGAAGAGGAUCGGACGUUCCGUAACAAUGUCAGUGCGCUGGUCAAGUAUCGUGACACGGCGCACGGUCUGAUGUGGCUGACGAAUCCUCGGGUCCAACACCUGAGCGUCGAUGGUAAACGACGUAUCAAGGAGCUCGGUAUCGCCGCCUACGAAUGGGUACAGGCUAACCGCUAUCGUCCCGAUGCCGAGGAAUUCCGUCGACGCGUCACCGACCUGGAGUUCCAGAUGAACCAGAUUAUCGGU